AUGGCACAUCCCUCUCAACUUGGCUUUCAAGACGCAGCUUCCCCUGUAAUAGAAGAACUUCUCCACUUCCACGACCACGCCCUAAUAAUUGUCUUUAUGAUUAGUACACUAGUACUUUAUAUUAUUAUUGCAAUAGUCACCACGGACCUAACAAAUAAGUAUAUUCUAGACUCCCAAGAAAUCGAAGUCAUCUGAACUGUUCUCCCCGGACUAAUUCUAAUCUUAAUCGCCCUUCCCUCCCUCCGAAUUCUUUAUCUGAUAGAUGAAAUUAAUGACCCUCAUUUAACAAUUAAAGCCAUGGGACACCAAUGAUACUGAAGUUACGAGUAUACAGAUUAUGAAGAACUAGGCUUUGACUCCUACAUAAUCCCAACACAAGAUCUCUCCCCAGGACAAUUCCGACUACUAGAAACCGACCACCGAAUAGUGGUCCCCUCAGAGUCCCCCGUUCGAGUCCUUGUCUCCGCCGAAGACGUUCUCCACUCCUGAGCAGUACCAGCCCUAGGGGUAAAAAUAGACGCAGUUCCCGGGCGACUGAAUCAGACAGCUUUCGUUGCCUCCCGAUCAGGAGUGUACUACGGACAGUGUUCUGAAAUUUGUGGCGCAAACCAUAGCUUUAUGCCCAUCGUGGUAGAAGCCGUCCCCCUAGAACACUUCGAAAACUGAUCCUCUCUUAUGCUCGAAGACGCCUCGCUAAGAAGCUGAAUAGGGUCUAAGCGUUAGCCUUUUAAGCUAAAGAUUGGUGGCCCCCAACCACCCCUAGCGACAUGCCUCAACUUAACCCAGCCCCCUGAUUCACAAUCCUGUUUUUUUCCUGGCUAAUUUUUUUAAUUGUUCUGCCACGAAAGGUUCUAUCACACACUUUUCCCAACGAAACAACAUCCCGGAGCGCCCAUACUCCAAAGACAGAACCCUGAGCUUGACCAUGGUAUUAAGCUUCUUUGAUCAAUUCAUAAGCCCUUCCUACCUAGGGAUCCCCUUAAUAGCCCUCGCGCUCAUUCUUCCUUGGACAUUAUACCCUAAACCCACAUCUCAAUGAAUCAGCAACCGAGUGCUAACCCUCCAGGGCUGAUUCAUUAAUCGAUUCACACAACAACUUAUGCUCCCGCUAGGCCGUAAAGGGCACAAAUGGGCACUUUUAUUAACAUCUUUAAUAGUCUUCUUAAUUACCUUAAAUAUGCUAGGCCUUCUCCCUUACACCUUCACCCCUACUACUCAACUUUCCCUAAAUAUAGGUUUUGCCGUCCCCCUAUGACUUGCAACAGUGCUGAUUGGAAUGCGCAACCAACCUACCAUCGCCCUGGGCCACCUCCUCCCAGAAGGCACCCCCACCCCCCUAAUUCCAGUACUGAUUAUUAUCGAAACAAUUAGCCUUUUUAUUCGUCCCAUCGCCCUUGGUGUUCGACUCACUGCCAACCUAACAGCAGGGCACCUCCUUAUUCAACUUAUUGCCACCGCUGCAUUCGUCCUAGCUCCCCUAAUGCCUACAGUUGCAUUACUAACCGCAACACUCUUACUACUACUAACCCUCCUGGAGGUAGCUGUGGCUAUGAUUCAGGCCUACGUCUUUGUCCUGCUUCUAAGCCUGUACCUUCAAGAAAACGUCUAAUGGCCCAUCAAGCACACGCAUACCAUAUAGUCGACCCCAGCCCAUGACCUCUGACAGGGGCAGUUGCCGCCCUCUUAAUAACAUCCGGCCUAGCAAUCUGAUUCCACUAUAACUCUAUUGUACUAAUAACCCUAGGAACAGUUCUACUUCUUCUCACCAUAUAUCAAUGGUGACGAGACAUCGUGCGAGAAGGAACAUUCCAAGGCCACCACACCCCACCCGUGCAGAAGGGACUUCGUUACGGUAUAAUCUUAUUCAUUACCUCCGAAGUUUUCUUCUUCCUAGGCUUCUUCUGAGCUUUCUACCACUCAAGUCUGGCCCCGACCCCCGAACUUGGAGGAUGCUGACCCCCCACUGGAAUCACCACCUUAGACCCCUUUGAAGUCCCCCUCUUAAACACAGCAGUGCUUCUAGCCUCGGGGGUCACAGUCACUUGGGCCCACCACAGCAUCAUAGAAGGAGAACGAAAACAAGCAAUUCAAUCCUUAACCCUUACGAUCCUCCUAGGGUUUUAUUUUACAUUCCUUCAAGGCAUAGAAUACUACGAAGCCCCCUUCACAAUCGCAGACGGCGUGUACGGCUCAACCUUCUUCGUCGCAACCGGAUUCCACGGCCUACAUGUUAUUAUUGGCUCAACUUUCCUGGCCGUGUGCCUUCUCCGCCAGAUUCAAUACCAUUUUACAUCCGAACACCAUUUCGGGUUCGAAGCCGCCGCCUGAUAUUGACACUUUGUCGAUGUAGUAUGACUAUUCCUGUACAUCUCCAUCUAUUGAUGAGGUUCUUAA